UGAACCUGAAAUGGGUGCGGUUCAGUUCCUCAUCCUGCAGCGAAGACUGGGGAGCAGGACUCGCAAUGAAAGGAAAUUCAGAGUAACUGUUUCUCCAGGUGGAACUACAACUCCCAGCGUGCAUUGGGGGGCAGGGACGCAGGCGAACCCGCCUACGUGUCGACGUCAUUCCCCGAGCGUGCUGCGUCGCUCGGCGGUCCCUUCACCGGGCGGCGUCGUGUUGCUCGGCGGCUGUGCGUAACCUGGCGGCGGGGCGAGACGAGACCGGGCCGCGAUUAUGGUCGGGGCAUCGAGGAGGUGGACAGGCAGUCGGAUUUAGCACAGGAGACGCGGUUUGACUUGAUGGCUCCGAAACCGGACCCGAGACCCAAAUUCCAAGAAGGUGCUGAUGGACUUGCUGUCUUUUAAUAAAACAGAAUAUGCUGGAAUCACUCAGCAUCUGUGGAGAGAGGAAGGUGAACGUGUCUUGUGUUUCCAUGGGCCAUUGCUUUACGAGGCUAAGUGCGUAAAAGUUGCUAUAAAGGACAAACAAGUGAAAUACUUCAUACAUUAUAGUGGCUGGAAUAAGAAUUGGGAUGAAUGGGUUCCAGAAAGCAGAGUGCUGAAGUAUGUGGACACAAACCUGCAAAAGCAGAAAGAACUACAAAAGGCUAAUCAAGAGCAAUGGGCAGAGGGCAAGAUGAGGGGCGCUGCACCAGCCAAGAAGGCUUCCACCAUGCAACAAAAGAAUGUUGAAAUAAAAACAAAGAAGAAUAAGCAGAAAGCCCCCACAGCUGGUGAUGGAAGUAGCACCAGUGAAACUCCACAACCACCCAGGAAGAAAAGGGCAAGAGUGGACCCCACAAUGGAAAGUGAGGAGACAUUUAUGAACAGGGUUGAAGUAAAGGUUAAAAUACCAGAAGAGUUGAAACCAUGGCUUGUGGAUGAUUGGGACCUGAUCACUCGUCAAAAACAGCUGUUUCACUUGCCUGCUAAAAAGAAUGUCGACACUGUUCUGGAAGAGUAUGCCAACUACAAAAAGUCACGUGGGAACACUGACAAUAACAAGGAAUAUGCUGUUAAUGAAGUAGUUGCAGGAAUAAAGGAAUACUUCAAUGUGAUGUUGGGGACUCAACUGCUGUACAAAUUUGAGCGGCCACAAUAUGCAGAAAUCCUGGCUGAUCAUCCAGAUGCAUCCAUGGCACAGAUUUAUGGAGCACCACAUCUCCUUCGGUUGUUUGUGCGAAUAGGAGCAAUGCUAGCCUACACACCUUUGGAUGAGAAGAGUUUGGCCUUGCUGCUAAAUUACUUGCACGAUUUCUUGAAGUACUUGGUGAAGAACGCUUCAAGUCUCUUCAGUCCAAGUGAUUAUGAAGUGGCACCACCAGAAUAUCAUCGAAAGGCCGUGUGACUUUGCUGCCAGUAAUUUCAUCCUUUGGUAAUUGUUUUCUUUCUGCAUUUAACUUUUUUUGUAACCAAUUAACAAUGCAGCAGUUUCCACUGGUACCUGCAACAACGAGGUCCCAAAUGUAAUUUAUAAACCAUUUUAGUGGAUUUUUACCAUUGACGGUUAUUCAUCCCCUUGUAGUCUUUUUGGGAAGUGGAGUGUAGGUAGUGGGGAAAAUUGGUGUAGAGUAAACCAAAUACUUUAGUUCCUGAAUGAUUUGCUUUUAUCCGUGGAUAGAAGCAUUUAAAGACAUUUUAAAUCAUGGUUCUGUUGUAAACGUCCAGUUUCUCCUUAUCAGUUGUAUCGUAGGCCUGGUUUUGGCCGAUGAACCAUUUUUGAACAAGUUCCAUGAUAGGCAAAAACUAGUUGUAAUUUUUCAGCUCUUGAUUACAUAAGAAGCUGGGUUUUAACUGUAUCAUGUGCUGCAUGUGAAUUUUUAUCCUGUUUGUGGAAAAUACAUUUAACAGUAGAGAUUUUUUUUGUAAAAAUGCUUAAUACCAAUGGAGAAUGGAAGCGGUUUCCAUUCCAACAUAUUCAUCCCUGAGAAGGAAGAAAAUUACUGUAUAAAAAAAAAAGAGCUUUGAAAAGUAAAUUCUUUUGGCGGGAAAGAAGAAACAUUUUUCUUCCUUCUCUGCUGAAGGUGCUGAUCUCACUGGGGUGCAACAAUACUCCACACAUUUUGAGCAGUGCUCUCUCAUUGUUCUGCGAUGGUUGUUUCUCAUGUGUGAGCCAUAUCAUGGGCACGCAAAACCAGCUCCAAAGUCAUUAAACAGCAUUCAAGUCAGAACCCUGGCUGGCAGUCUUCUGUGGCUACUUGGGUUGAAACCAGUUAGCCCAGAAUGGGAGUUCUUCCCUGUUGUGUCUUGACCUACGUAACAGGUAGUCUGUGCAACCCACAAGCUCAUUGGGGAAGGGUGAUAUAUUGUUUCCUCAAACUUUGUGCAGAACUAACUUCUGUUGAAACUUGCUGGUUAAUCAGAGCAUACUUUGCUGAAAGUCUUACUAUAGUGAUGCAGCAAACAGCUGAUCGACCUCCUCGCCAACCUGCACAGAGGACUGCAGGGAAUCACAAAAGAAUUGUCAAAAACCUGUGCACGGCACUGGGGGAGUGGGACAGAGCAGCCUAACCAUUGUACUACUCAAGAACCCUCCAUUCCCGCACAAAUUGUACAUAGGAAAGCCCUGUGGCCACCAGUGACAAGAGUGAGUUCACCAGGAAGGACAAAGUGGGAGAUUCUACCAGAAAAAUACAUUGCCAUCCCUGGUACAUUUGGCUUUGUACAGGAAGCAGGGCUGUCACUCUACAACAUAACUUCAAUAAAAGGAUCUUUUCUGGAGUCAAUCUUCCCAAAGAUGCAGAGUUAUGUAAAAUAAUCUUCUGUUUUUUUAGAUUCUUACCUGCAUUUGUAUUUGAUAAUGUUGUACAAUAUUUAAAUUUAUGUUCAUUUUUAUACAAUCUGUUACAAGUAAUCUGUGGACUUUUCAAAGUCUGUUUUUGUGUAUUGAAGACUGGGCAAUUCUGAGAACUUGUCCAUUCUGAUGAUCACUUUCAACAUGCAUCAGAACUCGGUGGUUGUGCCUGGUGUUUGUGUAUAUAAAAAUAAUUGCAUCCUUGUGUUUGUAUAUUCCAGUAAAAUGUUGAAUGAUG